CAUUGCUUACCGUGUCCGAGGGCCCUCGAUGUCUUCACAACGUGGCUCCUGUCGAUUGUUUGUCGUCUUGGUUUUCAGGUUCAAGGAGUAGGUCGUGAGGAAUUAGAUGAAGACGGAGAGCCGCCGCUUGGUUGGGGGCGUGGUGGAAGGCGAGGCGAUUGGCAAACUGUGUCAGACAGGGGUGGCCGCCUCGGGACGUUUGUGAGGGUGUCUGUUGAAGAUGAAGAUGCAUAGGCUUGCAGAUUAGGAAAUGCGACGCUGAAAGCGUGCUCGUGUUGAGGGGCUUCAGAAGAGGGGGGUUGGCGGGCAGGGUUACGAAAGGCAAGCUACAUCACCAAUACGUUCAUCGCAGUGCUUUGGACGGGUUACUGUGUUUUCCGCCAGCCGUUGAAGGUACGUUAUUGUCGCAAAUGUCCGUGACAAUAUUUGAAAAGAUAGUUUGAGCAUCGGCAAGUGCACGUGCGCAGCUGACUCGAUUUUAUGAUUGAUUCAGGCCGUCGACCUCCCGCACAUGUGCUGUUGUGUGUCACUCACCGGCGGCGGUAUCGGGAAAAUGACGUGUUUUGACAAGCAUGUGGUGUUCGGAUAGGAGGACUAGAUACCCCGCAUCCCUAUAGGAGGGUACCUGGUCUCCGUUGGGGUCGGCGUGUCACUGUGGUUCGAGCUGACGCCAGUGAGGCAUGAUACGUGACUAUUCCCGGGAAUCUGCUGUUGCCUCUAUAGUUGUGCGGUGUGCCGGUGCUGCGCGAGUUGCGUGACGGUUGCUCGGCGUGGCUUCGGACACUUUUUGUUUCCUUAGGUAUGUUUGUUAUGAUGGAAGAGGUCGCAGCUGUCUCCAUAAUCAACACUUUUGCCCAUACCCGUUCUGCUUCACAGGAUGUAGGCAAACGCUGCAGGAAUUGUGCAAAUUUCGACGAAAGGGAGUCUUCCGGGGAGAGGAUGAGUCAGAAGCGUCUCUCAUCACGAUAGCAACAGUGACGCAUAAUGUCGGAGGCGGGAAGGAAUAGUUCGCGUCUCGGUAGAUCAGCACAGAUGCUCAUGGGGUUGCCUUUUCGGAUAUGUGCAUGCGAGGGACGGUUGGAAGGGUGUGGGACAAGGACCAGGAGAUACGCAGGGUCACGCGAGGUCGAGGAGGUUGAAUUCGAAGUGACAUUUAUCGGAUGGGUUCUGCGAGGGACUAGAUGUUGCCAUGAUGGCAGUGGCAGAUGUGUUCCUUUAGUCGAUGGCGCGCACUAUAAGGGUGUUGGACAUCCAAUUAUGAACGUUGGCGUAGCGAUUAAUGACACUCCUUCGUCUCUGGCGACUACGUCAGGUCAAGGAACUUAUGCUCGUAGGCAUUCAUUGUGCACGGUUCUGUUGCAGUGGGUACAUUUAAUAUGUGCGAAUCCGCAGUGAAGUCAUAUCAAGAAAUGCGUCGCUCACAUGAUUGGAGGUCGACAGCAGCCGCUACACGUGAGGCCGCGUAACGGUCAUUACGAAGCAAGCUAGCGCGAGCUGCCUUAGAACGUGUGAUCGUGUAGCGCAACGAGAGCAGCCAUCGUUCUCUAAGAAUUGAAGAGACAGGGCGGUAGUCGCGACGAGGGCAAGUCUCGUCUUUGAUUUUCUCAUAUUCUCUCAGCUGCCUGCUUGCCCGUGACUCGUUCUGUCAUGCUAUGUGCGCCCACAGAGGCAGGAAUGCAUGUGGAUUUUGGGUCCCGUAGCUUAUUGAUUGUCCUUGUCCUGCAAUACGUGCGAAAGGACGGUUUUAUACUGAGGAACUCGGGCGCUCUGUCUACUGGGAUUGUAUCGAGAAAGCACACCGUGCAUAAGUGAAAAUGUGGCAAUUUCGCUUUUUCCUGUGUGCAAAGAACCAGCAGACGUGCCCGCACUUGUGUUACUAACCAUGCUUUCCUUUGUCCAUGCAACGUUACUGAUAACAGUCGCAAGAUUCACACUGCGUUAUUCGUAUUGAUUCUGUGCAGGAACUCCCUCUGUCCCGCUCCCGCUGCCCAUAAAUGUGUCUUGAUCUACCAACAACCUGAAACUUGAUUUCCAGCAAACGCUGACGUGAGUCGCAAUCCCAUGUCUGCUUCCUCUUGUACGAUAUUUAGGGCGUUGUGUUCAUUUCUGACAGACUGUAGGCAUUAGGUCAGGCAUUUCCAAUUCAGUCCAGAGUGGUCAUUUAAACGAGAGUGUCAAACGCAGCGGUGAGUCACUCGCAAGAGAGCAAGACUGUCGGAGGACAGAGGGUGAUCACAGGGGGAGUUCGUUAUUCUUUUUUGGCAAGCGCGUUAGUUCGAGGAGUAUUUGUGUUGGAACCCUGUGCGUCGUGAGGCGACGCAGCAACACAGUUCAGGAAAUGUUAAGCAUGGUAUUGAUGUCCCACAUCGUGCUACGUUCACUCUGAGGCUGACGACAAGUCCCAUCAGUAGAAAUGAAGCGGUGUUGCAAGGGGCGACGGUUGCGCAAUGCACGGCAAUAUUCAUCGGCGGUAGGGAUUAGGCAGCAAGUUGAAAUGUCUUUGAAUUGAAAAGUCAUUUCACACGUCAGAUGAGGCGUAAUUAUCAGGGAAGCCUGGCGGGUUGAACCCAGUCUCUCAUAAGGGUGGAUAUGCUCACGAUGUGGCUCCUUCUGCGUCUUUGGCUUAAUCGGGUCUAGAUGAUGUUGGUAGGUAAUGAGGGAAGUGGAUCGAAGAAGUGCCAGUGCAUUUCUUUUCGAAUGAGAGUGCUUUGCAUAUGGGCAGUGGCGAAGUUUAUCGGAGCGGAGCACGUGUCGGUAGCUCUAUUCGAUUAGUGAUGACUGUGAAACCCCUUGUUCCGAGCCGUUGGAGGGGCGACAGACAUUACCGCUAGUGCAGUGCUGCAGCACAAACUUCAUUUAAUGUCUGGUGAUGAGAACACCGACUGUUUUGUUAGAUGCUGCAAGUACGCCAUCGCUCCGCUUGAAUCAGUAGCAGUGUUUAAAAUGAGGAGGUGCCAGUUCUUCAGGGCGUCAUACCACGAACCGGGUUCGAUCCUUAAUCUCGGACGUCAGUGGCAACUACAGGUGAUGUCAUGCGUCUGAGUCGGGACCACUAGUGUGAAGUUUCGUAAAAUGCCAGUUGGUAUAUUGCCGAAACUUCCUUUUCAUGGAAAUGGGAAGAUUCGAAAGUUCUUCCAGCUCAGUUGCAAUGUUUGCUUUGAGUCGCCUUUUUCUCGACCUCCGGAUCUCCUUUUUGUCUCUGAUAUGUUUGUUCUGUUCCCGGCGGCACGAAAGUAGCGCAUGAGUCACAGUGCAUGGUGAGGCUCCACCAUCGUCGUGCUGAUCCUGUCUACGGCAAGACGUUGUUUUAACUUAUAUAUUCGCGCGCCCUAUGGAAAUGGAAUGUGUCGACAUUGCUGUAUAGUGUGAGUGGAUUCAGAAGAGCGAUUGUUGUCGUUCUAUCAUUCCUAGCAGUGUUUGUCUCCAUUCCUGUUUUCCGAUAAACCCUCUCGGGCAUUUCUAUGCUAAUAAGCAUAUCAGUGCUUGGUCGCCUGCUUCGCAACGCAUUGGUCAUAUUUACCUUGGUGAGGAAUUGCUCACACAUAGCCGCUGUUGUUGUUGACACAGUUUUGCCUAUAUGAGCUGUGAGGUUUGCAACACGUCUCGGCUCCGCUUCAGGAUGUCUCGUGUCUCUUCGCCGCUGUUCCAGCCCUAUGUCUGACACAAAAAACGCGGCGAUGCGGGCUGUUCCCAACAGACUAGCAGCACCUCGUCGCAAUACAACUCGAUUGUACACGAAACAUUAGACGGUGUUUUGGAGGGAGAUGAUGCAUCAAAAGCAUGUCCUCGUCGCCAUGGAAAGGCUGACAGCUGCCAAACGAGGGUGACGGUACUAGUUGUUCGUGGCUCUGGACAAAAAAGUCUGAAACUCGUAGGGUCGCCUGGACAAGAUACCUGUGUGGGCUGGGCGAUUAAAUGGGGGGGGGGGGUACCAAGGGAUCGGGGCUGGUAAGGGUUCAGAAGUGUCGCAUUGGUGUAUGUGGCAUGGCGUAUGGGGGGAGAUGGGUUCAACAGGGAUCUGAAUGUUACCAUGAGGGAAGCGAUUUGUGUAUUCUCUGGGCGUUGCGUGUCCACUAUGCAGUAUGCGCAUCAGUGACAGGCCUUCCACGGCGCGAUGGAAUACGUUCCGGGAAGCAAGCAGUAAUUGGGAAACGAGGCGAUCCUCUGAUGCCAUCAGAGCGAUAGAAGUUGCUCUUCGUUUCAGAUUUUCUUGGGUUUUUUCUCAGCAUCACGCCCGCCAAACCGUUGCCUUUAUUGGAUACUUACCUAGUCGGUAAGCAGGGAGAAAUAGGUUGUUUGAGAAGAAACUGAUGCGUUGUGGGGAAGCGUCGCCUAACGAUUUGACUGAGUCGAGCAGGGCCGGAGGCAUGUGAGUGAUUGGAGGACCAGAAAGCAGUGCGUCGGAACCACCCGCGAAUGUCGGUGCGCUGCCUGCAUUGUGGCUUCGUAAGCGUCCCGUGCGUUGUUAUUGUUGAGAGUCGUGACUUCGGGUCAGGUUCUGUAGAAACGCCUCUAUUCUACCGUUGCAAUACAGGACCAACUGGUAUUUUCAUCAGCCGGUGCAGGUAAGCCCUCUAACGCGAGGUUUGGUGGCACUAUUGCGAAUGAAGUAUCGGGAGUCUGCAGGGGUUUGCCACAGGCAAGGAUUCAUGUUCGAUGUAGACCUGCAGCACCGACCUGUGGUGCCGGGAACCGAGGGAGCAUGUGACGCUCCUUUUCGUGAACACUCAACGUAGCAGAGCGCCCUGGCUGACAAGAAGUGACGGGGGGAAUCUCAAAUUUGCAGCUGGCUGCGCUUGCCCAACUCGCUUCUUCCCUGAUCUUUGCUUUCCAUCUAAUCUCUCAUUGAUUUGCUACGUUCUCACCAAAGAGGCUCGGUGGCAGUUGAACCGGAAGGCCAUGUGAUGGAUUGAUGCGCGUCGUGGUGUCUGCUGUCUGUGGAAGGACGUUCGUUCCUUUGUGAUUUUCUAGCAGGGCGGCUGAUGCCGUGAAGAAAGCAGCCAUAUGCAGGCAGGCAGGCAGGCAGCGUUUUGAGGGGCUUUUUGGGAAAAAGACCUGGUUUGCAUGGGAUUCGGAGCCUUGUUGAGUUCUGCUCUCAUACCAGCGGUCCACGAUGUCUGACUGAUCUGCGGAAAAUUGUGACUCGUAACAGUUGUACAGCGUGCUGUUGUUGCGCAUGAGAUGCGGUUUUAGCAGAAGGGACUUUCGGGUUCCUGUCCUUGUGGUUACCUGGUGUUGAUUCACAUGACGAUGCAUCCAUUUGACUUUUUGUUGAAGACUUCUCGGAUCAGUGGUUAUCGGGACCUCGGUGAAUCGGGAAUAUCGUCAGUCACAGCGAGGCUGACAGCUGCCAAACGAGGGUGACGGUACUAGUUGUUCGUGGCUCUUGACGAAAAAGUCUGAAACUCGUAGGGUCGCCUGGACAAGAUACCUGUGUGGGCUGGGCGAUUAAAUGGGGGGGGUGGCAAGGGAUCGGGGCUGGGAAGGGUUCAGAAGUGUCGCAUUGGUGUAUGUGGCAUGGCGUAUGGGGGGAGAUGGGUUCAACAGGGAUCUGAAUGUUACCAUGAGGGAAGCGAUUUGUGUAUUCUCUGGGCGUUGCGUGUCCACUAUGCAGUAUGCGCAUCAGUGACAGGCCUUCCACGGCGCGAUGGAAUACGUUCCGGGAAGCAAGCAGUAAGUGGG